CAGCAGCAGCACGCUGCUAUCCAUCUUCUAACUAUCAUUUCAGUCGUGUUUCGAUCGCGUGAGGCGGAUGUUUGCCCUAUCAAAGCGUUAGCAGAACGUUUUCUCUAUUGUGUGUUCGUUCAGAGUGUGUUAUCUGUGAGCAUUCUACUUAGGUACUAUUUUAACUUACCAAUCCAGCCGGUUUUCGGGUGGAGCAGCGAUGUUUUUAUGCACUGAUCACGCCUUGAUCGCAGUCGUGUUCGUUGGUGGACGAUAAAGAGAUAGUUAGCGGGUCAAAAGAAACAGAGAGAAAAAAAAAGUAUAACAGACAUCGCAGACAGUGCGCCAGUGCGUGGUAUUGUGCAACCCGAGGCAAUAGCAAGUGUCGUUGUUCAACGUGGGAAAGACUUACCUUGGCGUGUCUGACACCGGACGACAUCGAGCGGGGAAUAUCUUUGGUCUCGAUUGUAAAGGCCUUACUCGCGGAGAAUGGAAGAAAAGAAAGUGUGUGUGCAUAAGUUAAACGGAAAGUUGAAUAAAACCAAACAGUGAUAACAAGUGAUUGUUUUGUGCAGCGGCGAUCCCGGUGGUAACGGAAGAGUGCAUAAUACUUGUUGGGUGUGUGUAUGUCGUCUCUGAUAGUGUCACAAUCACUGCAAUUGGAUGUGAUUUCUUUCUCGGUCUCGAUGAGUUGAAUGAAUUCCGUCAGCGCUGUUUGAACCGCUACUCAGUGCAGAAAUUAUUACAUUUCGCCCCUCAGAGCAACGGUUGUGUCAAACGUGCCAAGUGAGGAAUAACAACAAAGCUCGCCAAACGUGCUAAUUGUACUAGUUCAGCUAUUGUUUUGUGUGUACACAUUAAAAUUUAUUGGGAAAAUAAAUCAAACUCACGACUGGCUCUCGGUGUGUGAAUGUUUAUUGAGAAGAGGAAUCGAAGAAAAUCGCCUAAGGCGGGCUUCCAAAAGUGUAUUUCGAAAUUGGAUUGAAAUCGGUGUGCGGUUUUGUGACCUAUAUUGUGUGACGAGCGCGAAGAAACAGUCGCCCAUUCCGCUGCGCGUUCGAAGAGAAGUGACCACACGCGUACCCACCUGCCGAAGGAGCAGCGAAGCCAAAACCAAAAUAAAUUUUAAAAUUCAAAACAAAAAAAAAGUGGUCAUUUGUGCCGGAGGAAUAAUAAUAAUCGACAGCGGCAGCAACAAUGCGCGGCCUCAGAUAAAAGGCGGUGAAAAGCGUAGGAUCUUUGGGCCGGUCUCGCGGCGAUUAGCUCUGAAAAAAGGCGGCCGAUCUUAUUUCCAGGAAGUGCGCCGUACCUUCUUCCACGGUAGAGGGAGCAGCUCGAGAACUGCCGCAUCACCCUUAAGUUAUCUUCCUGAGACCAUCAGCGGCGCAGUAGUUCGACGGUGGUUCUAAGGAUCGGAUCGGAUCGGAUCGAAGUUGCUUCAGGUUCGCGUGAUCAACGGAGGCGCGCGCCCUACGCGAGUCGUUCCUAGCCACAGACGACGAAGGCCGUGAGAGUUUACCCCGGACAAAUUUGGUAAAAGUCUCGUGUUCGAUUCGAUUGAAAGCAAAGGUUGACUGGUGGACAGUAGAAGGAAGGCUUUAUUGUGCCGCGGUCACUUUCGAUUUUGCCCCAUGCAAUGACGACAGAAGGGUAGGUUCCCCUUCCCGAUCGUGACAGUGAAAGAGAAAGAAAUUGAUCGUGGGACUUGACGGUGUAUUUUGAUCAAUGCGAAAUAGAGAGUGAAACGCUACCAAACAGGCCCAGGUAUCCGUGAAAGAAAGGAAAAGUGUUUCGCCUAACCUUGAAAACGAUAUCUGCUGACCCGGCAGCUAGCUUGCAAAAUAGGAUGCUGUACUGCUGAAAGAAAGGGCACGAGUCUUCUGCCCAAAACGGGAUGAAAAGAAACUCGCCAUCCCCAGUGAGAACAAGUUGAGGUUAAGAAAAAAGAGAAACACGAUAGUUGAAGGAGCAAAAGUGACAAGAUCAUUAAGAAAUCCGUGUUAAGCCAUUAAGUUAUUGUAACUAAGGAAAGGCCCACGGAGCCGCGCACCCUUUCGUUGUCUGAUUGAUCGGCUCUGCCCAAACCGGGCUCACGUGGCUUUCGGAUCGAUAAAUACGUGUGAUUAGUGUGCGUUCGUGAUUGUGCUGUGCGGCUAUUGAAUAAAGUGGAAGAUUUACAUUCGAUUUUCAAGCGUUCAGGAAACGAAUUCAUCACCGCUGUUGAGAACCGAACGAGGGCCAUCCGGCAGCGAUUCCAGCCACCAUCAGCGUGGCUUCCGACUCCGCUGAACAACCGGAACAAACAAAGUGAUUUUUCACCUUCUGCGAUAAUAUUAUUUGAUGGUAAUGUGAGAACGUUAGAGCGCAAUGCUUUGAAAACCUUGUCAUCAGGUUUACUCCUGGCAGUAAACAAAUAGAUUGCCCAAUGAAAACACAGUGAAUCUCCACCGAUACAUCAAAGCAAUGAAAAAGAGAGCUAAACUUACAAUGUCCUCGCUGGCGUUGACUGUACUGUGCUGCUACUCGUGUCUGCUGGCACUGGCGAGCGGUUUGCCGAUAACAUCCAAACCACUGGACAACAGCCCGGACCAUCUGACCUGGCAGGCGGCCUGGCUGUCCGGAGAUUCUACCGCAAUGCGAGGAAAAACGAAGAAAAUAACCAAAUCGAUCUUCAUCGCGCCGCAACUGAAUGGCUUUAAUGGUUCCCUCUGUCCGCCGGACAUGAAAAUCGACUACAACGGCAAGUGCAUCGAGGUGCUCAACAUUAACCAAGACCAAAUUCUAGUAACCAAGUUGCAGGCUGUUCUUAGUAACGCAGGAGGUGUGCCAAGCACCGGAGGGGAAGAGGAAUACGAUUAUGACAUGCCCGGUCCAUUGCAAGUGAAUCUACCAUUGGACGUAGAUAUACCCUUUGAGCAGUCACCUCUGCAAGCUAGACCGAUAGAUAAUUAUUAUGAUUCAACCGACCUAGAUAAGCACAGUAUAAAACAAACUACUGCUGAUACUGUUGCGACUCAGGAACAAAAAACGACAUUUCUCGGCACUCCAAGCCGUCCCUCUCACGAUCAAUCAACUGCCGAAACCCAUACCGAUAUUUCGUUUCUUACCUUCGAAAGUUUACCCAAUGGGACACUCUCAACGCAACUCGAAAUGGACGGAAACAAUGGCACCGUGGUUCAACAAAUUGUUCUUACUUCCACGGCUGCUACUCCGACUACCACUGAGGUGGAUGGAUUUGAUGCAGAAUCUUCUGUCGCUUCUAUCACAAGCACUGUGGCAAGCUUUGAUGCUACCUCCACUGUUUUGAGUAACUCUACAGAAGAAUCUAGUACCUCUACUACUGAGGUAGCAUCAACCACUGAAAGCGUUACAUCCAUGACCACCAUUCUUAGUACCACAACUGAAAAGCAGCCUAAUGAUAGGUCCCACGGAACCACCACUGAACAACCCAGCAAGUUUACUGUUGAUGAUGAUUUCGAUGGAUUGAAGUCAGAGCUCGCAGAAGAAUCCCUUAUUUUGGAAUCCAGUAGCUUCAUUUCAACAGAUUUGCCCUCCACUAUGGCUGAUGAUAUCGAAACUGAAAGUGAAUCGUCUGACAAGAAAGCUUGGUCGAUGACUACAACUAAACCACCCACAGAGAGUACAUCUAAGACGGAUUCAUCUACCAUGAAAGUGUUGAUCCAUACAAUUCCCCCCACAGCGGCACGAACUCCUUAUUCGCCCAAACCGGUGCAAGUAGUCACUCCAGUCCGGAACAAGUGGUACAGUUCAUCCGCAGCAACACCACUUCCGUUCAUUGUGGCUAGCUACACCCAACAGGAGCGCACAACUCGCGCAACACCGGAAACAACCACUCCAAUACAUGAUCGCAGCACGGAAACUCCACUGCUGGUUAUAGUAAACGAUACGGAAGCGGAUAAGAAAAAUCGCGAUACCAUCCACCGCCAAGAAGUGAAGGAAAAACUUCGCGAAACCAUGGACACCAACAAUCGGUUCGUUUACCACCAUCUUCCGGCGCCAGUUCAACCCUCGACAGAAUCUUCGACGACACCCGAUCGAAGCUACAGUGAUCAGUUGCGAAAGAUCAACGAGAUUGUCGCCGAAAACAGACAACGUCACCAGCAAAAUUCCCGAAUUCGCUUCCCCAACAACCGCGAUGAUGAUCAGCACUCUGCCGCUACUAACAACAACGUUGUACGCUUUCCGGGUUCCGUUGCCAGUCGAGUUACACCACAACACGUCAAUCGUCUACCGGACAUUUUUCCAAAGAAAUCAACCGACAGCACAACACAGCGACCACCAUUCUGGUGGCUACCGUCCGGUUGGGAAGUGGAUCAAACUGGACAGAAGCCUAUGUUACUUCGGUUCUGGUCCCGCAUGCCGCUAGUACGCGAUCAGUCCAUAACUACCAGUAGCAGCAGCAGCAGCAGCGGUCGGAGCUCUAGCAAUCGCUGGAGACCGUCAACCUCCGACAACACUUCACCAUCGUCAGUGGCUCCGAGAGGUAACUCGAGAAGUCCCAGCGAAAACUUCUACAAAGAGGUAUCCUCCCAGGACGUUUACAAGGUGCUGAACAUGCGCCAAAUGAAGCACAAGAGAUAAAGCCAUUAAUCUCUUCUCUUCUGUGGUAGUUUCCCGUCAGCUUUAAGUAUUAUUUAAUUGGAGCACAAUUGUGUAUAGACAAAGCGUAGUGGUACAACGAUUACUCAUUUAAGGAUCCCCACCAGCCUUCGAGCUGGUGCACGCGCGCACAAGGCGAAAUGUGAGAAGCACUAAACUAACCAUAGCAGCACUUCUGUCAAGCAGUUUUCGUUUAUGUCAUGACAAUUUGUGUAGUAACUGUGAUAUUUUGCCACUCUUUGCAAGCCUCUCUCGCAAACAAGUAUUUUUAGCACUUGAAAAUACCUGCUUUUACAAAAGAGAACCACGCUGCUUUCCAAUGCCAACCCAAAACGGGGAUCUUAUUUUAUCACUCGAUGGAUAAAAUGUGCAAAUCAACCAUCAUUAUUCUACUAUCAAGCUUUCUCACAUUUCAGCACAUCGAAAUUAGCGUUCAUAUUGUGGUAAUGACAUCUUGUACUGUUUAAUCUUUUGUUUUGUAAUUAUUGUAUUUCAUUCUAUUGUACAUAUCUUAGAUCUGUUCCCUGCAGUUUAGUUGUGUUGUAAAAUCUUGCCAAUAAAAAGUUUUAUCCCUUCAAUUGUUACGGUAAGUUUUACCGCACAAUGUCAAACUCAUCCUAAUCUGCCAAUCUUAUUUAUAUGUUUGGAAUCCAUUGGUAUAUGGCAAGAAAACCAAUUCGAAAUUUGUGUGGAAGAAAACCUUACCUAUAUGUAUGUGCCAAAAUAAUAAAUCUGUAUUUUGUACUGGCGCAAGUAGAAAAAGAAAAAAAAACAUUACUGUAGUUUACUAAUUUGCGUGUAUUGCAUGUUUUUAUCAUAUAAAAAUAGUGCAAAAACUAUUUUACACUCUCUAAUAGUACUACUUGACAAGCUACAUAAUAUCUGUAAAUAUACUGAGACAUAAAAAAAAAAACAAACAAAAAUUCUGUAGCAACGUUUAUUGAUCCUAACUAAUAUUCGCCAGAAAUAUAAAUGUUUAGUGUGUACAUUGUCAAUCAAAAAAACAAAGCAAAUAUUUAAUUUAACUCUUAGCUGCUAGCGCGAUAAUCCAAUGUCUAUCUGCACAAAUGUAUGUAGGCCAGAUAAAUGGCCGAUGAAAACAGUAAAUUUGAGCAACUGAAAAACAAUGUCGAAACACUGUUCGAAAACGAAUUAUUGCCAAAAGUUUUAUCCUGUAUAAUAAAUUAAACACACAUAUGUGGGUAGUAGUAUGUAGAAAAUUCAACCCCUUCCCCCUGCGAAAUGCAGAUCAAAAUCCCGAAAAUUUUACCACGAAAAAGAAACCUUCAGUAAAAUACACUGACGAUCGGUAGCUGCUCGUUUUCUGCGUUGAUCGGAGAUCAUUUGAAAGAUAAA